AUGCUACUGGCGGUGCCCAGCACGACGAGCGGAGCACUACCGCUGAUGCCGGCACAGCCGUUUGCCGAACCCGCAUCGCCCCCUGCCCAGGUUCAGCCUCAAGCCGGCGUCCCGCAAACAGGUGCAGGCGUCCAGGCGACUCAGCCAGCAGUGGCGACUCAGCCAGCAGUGGCGACUCAGCCAGCAGUGGCGGCUCAGCCGAUGGUUGCUCAGCCGAUGGUUGCUCAGCCAGUGGUUGCUCAGCCGGUGGUUGGUCAGCCGGUGAUGGUUCCGGCGCAAGCCGUCGUGGUUCCGGCGGGCACUCAUGAUACGGAGUUGGCGCUGGGGAGCGUCCGGGUUGGUGGGACGGGUUUCAAGGCGGAGCAUGGGUGCCACUUGUUGGGCGGUCGGGAGGGGAGCGAGUUCUUGCAAUGCCGCGUGUUUUUCUCGAUGUUUCAGUGGAGUUAUGGCGAGUUCCAGCGCGCGAAUUGCGAAGAGGACCAGGUGUGCGAAGGAGCGGAGAAGCAGUUGGUGCGAACGGCAGAUCGGUACCGCAUGCUAUUGGGCGCGGCGGGGGUGUGCUUGGUGGUGGCGGUGGCAUUGUUUUUCGGGAGUGGGAAUAGUCUGACAGGUUCCGCCAAGUAUUCCCAGUUGGCGUGUCUGAGCGGUGGGUUGUCUAUCGCGUGUGCACUCGGUUCUUUGUACGUCUCACGGACGUUACGGAAACAGGCACUCGGGGUGGUCACGCGGUACGCAACGAAACUCAUUGCAGGAACGCCCAAAGUGGUUGCGAAAAAAGCCGCGUUACGACGUCUCUGGAUGCUCAGCUGCUCUGGGCUGGGACUCGCAGGUUUCACCGCUCUCAUGGGCGGUGUGACCAAAGACGAAGACAUCUCCCUGCACCCCGAACACCUCGACGCAGAAGAAACUGCCACUCCUCACUCCUAA